CCAAACUGAUAACUACACUCGCUUGAACGGUUUGGUAAAUACCAACCCAAAAUGAAAAAAGGAAACAUGAGUUUAUUAACGUCCUCCACAAAGUUGUCUAGAAUAUUAAGUGUUCCAAGAAACAUCAUUUUAAGGAACAUCGCUUUAACUGCACCAAAUAAUUUUCAUGCUAGUCAAGUUCUGCUUGCAGAACCCCUCAAGAAAAAAAAGAGACUUGACCCGGCGGUCGUCAGAGCCAGAGAAGAAAGGAAAAAAAAGAAGAUCGAGAAGCAGAUUCGACGUUUAGAGAAAAAUGCAAGACAGCUGAAGCCCAUUGAAGAGUGUCAAUUACCACUACAGGUAUCAGACAAUGUAGAAAAGAGGCAGAGAGUACUGCCACCACUUUCUUCAGAACUUCUUGAAAAGAGAGUUAUGUUGAUGAAGAAAUGGUCUCAGUUCAAGCAUGCAGAACAUUUGAAAGACCUACAGAUUUUAGAUAAACUAGUGUACAAUCAGCAGAAGGCUUUGGAUGAGUUGCAAAAGGAAUCACCUGAAUUGUACUAUCAAGCUAUACAGUUCGAUUUCCAAUUGAUGAAUUUCACAUGUCAAGGCCCUGUUGAAACACCACCCAUUGUGGGAUAUGAUGUACCAGAUGGAGACUAUCAAGAUAAAACAAAAAAGUGGUGAAUUAUACUAAUCGUUGGCUCAAGAGUCAAUGUUUAUGUUCAGUUGUUUUUUUUUAUUUUAUAAUAUGUGAAGUACCAAUAUGUUUUGUAAAUAUAUCAAUCAUGUAACCUUAGGUUCAAAUAAAAGGACAGAUUGAAAAGA